CUGUGACAAGCCGGACAGGCAGCACAACGUUACAGCGAGAGUAAAGGAAGGGAGCGGGAGCAUGCGGCAGCUUUCUCGGUGAAAAAAGAUCUCGACACAACGGCUGAUUCAUCCUUCACCUGGACGCAUCUGAGCAUCAGGACCCGAGCAACAGAAUCAUGCAGUGGAAGUGGAGGCACUGCUGUACAAGCAUAACUGGAUUUCUAGUUUUGCUCCUGUGUGUGGGAGUGUUCCUCUUUGUCAGUGAACACAGCUUGCUGGCAGGAAUGAAGGACCACCAAGUGAACAGUGUAACUCACACAGCACAGAAACUGGAGAGGAACCACAGCGUGACCAAGCAGAACAUGUGGACAGAGGAAGCAGCCCCUUUUCCAGCAACGUCAGAGGGAAACCUCAGCUCCAUUCUGGAAGACUCCUCCCAGCAAGGGCUGAAGAACUCUGUGGAGUCUAAUGCCAGUUUCAGUGAGGAGAUAAUAGCAGAGAGUAUCCUCAAGGUAGAACCCUACAAAUACAUCAUCAAUGAAGAAGACAAGUGUCAGGAAACGGAUCCUUUCUUAGUGCUGCUGAUUACCGUUGAGCCCCAGAAUAAUCAAUCCAGGGAUGCCAUCAGGCAGACAUGGGGGAAUGAGAGUGUGGCUGAGGGCGUGGGAUUGGUACGGCUCUUCCUUUUGGGAAUAAGAGAAGGACUUACCACCAGCCAACUGCAGAGCUCCAUAGAGGCAGAGUCUCAACAGUAUCAUGACAUUAUCCAGCAAAACUACAUAGACUCGUAUUACAACCUUACCAUCAAGACACUGAUGGGAAUGCACUGGAUAGCAACGUACUGCCCAGGAGCUAGUUACGUCAUGAAGACGGACAGUGACAUGUUCGUCAAUACGGAAUACCUCAUCCAAAAACUUCUCAAUCCCAGCCUUCCGCCAAAGCUAAAGUAUUUCACUGGAUUCCUCCUGAAAGACGAGCCCCCAAUCAGAAAAAAUGACAGUAAGUGGUACAUUUCGCCAGAGGUGUACUCCGACGACAUGUACCCUCCUUUUUGCUCAGGAACUGGAUACGUCUUCUCGGGCGACCUGGCAGAGCUGAUAUACAGGGCUUCUCUGAGCAUACGAAGGCUGCAUCUUGAGGAUGUUUACGUAGCGAUCUGCCUGGCAAAACUGAAGAUAGAACCAGUUCCUCCGCCCAACAAAUCCCUGUUCAAUUCCAACCGGGUACCAUACUCCAGCUGCAAAUACAGCAAACUGAUAACCUCUCAUGGGUUCCUUCCCACUGAGAUAAUAAAGUACUGGCAUCACCUACAGACCAAAAAGCACAACGCCUGCUACAAUAAUAGUUCAGGCUUAGCCAAAUACAACUAGAACUGGAACAACUCUGGAAACGUUUCACUGGGUGACUGGUUGAAAGUGGAACAGAGGUGGUGAAGAGGUUUAACCAAACAGAAGUCGGAACUAGCGCUGGGUGAUACAGAAAAAUUCUUAUCACAAUAAUUCACAUUCAUCAUAUCAAUCAAUAUUGAUACAUAUCAUUAGAAAUCAGAUCACUGUUUCUGUUACCCUUCAAGGUUCCCUUUUACUCCUAUGUGAAAUGUAAAGAUAUCAUAUUUAUUUGUUGUACAACAUUAUACAGCUGUAUUUCAAGUACAUAAAAUAAGUAUGUGCAAUAAACUUCUUAAUUCAG